GCUCCGGACAGUCACCACUCGCCACCGCUGCGCGGGAUGUCGCUGUCCAUCGCUGUCGCCGUGUCCCCUGUGGUGUCCCUGACGCUCCGGUAAGGCCUCUGCUUCCCCGGCAUCCUCGCUUUCCGUCGCCGCCAUCACGUCGCUCCUAUUGGAUGACCGGACGGCGUGCGCAGCGACGUGAUGAUGACGAUGGAGAGCGCCGACGAUGCAGGGGAUCCCGAAGAGGACGCGCUGGAGCCCCGAGGACAGGUAAGUGAUCGUCAGCGGACCACACGGGGCAUCGUAAACGGCUAUCCGGUGACAGCUGAAGCAGUCUGCGCUGCCGGAUAGCCGUUUAUGCGAUGGCCCCGACAUACAAAAGCAUCGUAUGUUGAUGCUGCCUUCAACAUGUGAUGGCCUCUGAGAGGCCAUCGCAUGUUGAAAUUAUCGUAUGUCGGGGCCAUCGUAGGUCGAGGGGCCACUGUAUAUAAAAAUGAUGUGAAGGGCUGAUUAUUUCACCCCAUAGGACAUGUCCGCUUGGCCAGUCACUGGUUGAGGCGGGCUCCUGUGUAGACAACAUGUCACAGUACCCUGCCAAGAGCAGCAGGGACCAGGAGUUGUUGAAAAGGCAACUGCGGGGGAUCAGGGCAGAGGAGCCAAUCAGAUCGCUUCUUUCACGUUUCACAGGCCUCUUUAAAAAUGAAAGAAGCAAUCUUUUCCUCUAGACAGGUUUUGAUAAAUCUCCCCCUUCUUGGGUAUAUUAGGUGGCAUUCCUUUCUUCAACCUUCUUUUCUUUCUUUUUUUAUUUCCAGACAUUUUUCAUGUAAAAACAGCUAAGACUAUAUGAAGCACUGUCAGCAAUUCUGUCAAAACAAAGCAUGCACUAUUUUCUUUCUCUGAAAAACUACCGGAUCCCUGACGGACCCCAUUCAGGACAAUGGGAUCCGCCAGACCCAGAGGAGUCAGUUGAGCUAAAAAAAAAAAAGAGCCGAACGGACCCAGAACAGAGCACAACAUCAAAGUGAACUUAGCCUAAAAAGUGGCCAAUCUUUUUUGCAUUAAAAGUUCUCCACACAUAGCUGCCUUUAUUCCUCAUGGCAACCAGAGCUUUCAUUCUACCAGAGCAGUGUUUUCCAAACAGUGUGUCUCCAGCUGUUGCAAAACUACACCUCCCAGCAUGCUGGCUGCACCAGAGCAAUAAAGGGAAUGAAAGCAGUGUCCUAACAGGUUGCCAUGGGUAACACUUUUUAUAACCUCCCAGCAUGCCCCGGGUAGGAGAGCACUGUGACCCAAGUCUAUAGCCUAGGCUGUAUUACAAGUAGCGGGUUAUUUUAUCAGGCGUCACAAUAAGCCGGUGACGUCAUGAAGAGGGCGGGGCUCUGGAGAAAUGUAUCAGCCAAUUAUAGAGGCGGCAGAACCUAGCUGGCUGUGAUUCGGGCGUUACUGUGGGGUGAUGCGCGGGGCCCUUAUUCUUCUUGGGUUGAAUCCCAAAGCGGCCGCGUGGGGGCGCACGGCUCCAGGACUUAGCCUUCCCGUUUUCAUUCAGCGCCGUGAGCGGUACGUGACGUACACGGAGAACAUACGUACAUACGUGUGGUGUAUACAUAUAUGUACCCGUAUGUGGGUGUCCUGCAGCCGCCGUAUCCUCACACACUGACACCCCACACGUGUGCCCUCCUUCUGCCGCCAUCUUCCUCCUCCCUCCCUCUCCUCCCGCCCUCGCUGAGACAAUCCGGGCCGGGCAUUUGAUGUUCCGUCAGGAAGGCGGCAGCGGCGGCGGAGCGCUGAGAGUACUGGGUGACAGGAGCGACAUGUCCCGCUACACUGACUGGUUAUAUGGAGGGGUGGACCCCAGCCUGGCCGGCAAUGGGGGCCCCGAGUGUGCUGCCUUCCUGCCCCGCACCCAGAGGCUUGUGGAGAGCAUGGCCCUGCUGCUAGUGUCCGUGCUGGAGAUCGGGCUGUCCCUGCGGAGGAUAGUGCGGUGCGACCUGCCUGCUGUCACCGCCCGCCCGGACAGCCUAGGCAAGAACGUCCUGCUGGUGGCGCUGUGCCUCACCUUCGGGGUAGAAGUGGGCUUUAAAUUUGCCACCAGAACUGUCAUCUACUUGUUGAACCCCUGCCAUGUCGUCACCAUGCUACAGAUAUUUCUCCUGGCAUGCCCACCAUGUAAAGCUGCCACAGUCAUUUUUAGGUUGCAGAUGCAUAUGUUGAAUGGGGCCCUACUUGCAUUAUUAUUCCCAGUACUUAACACACGAAUGUUGCCAUUUGAAGUUGAAGUCUAUUAUAUACAGCACAUCCUGCUGUAUGUUGUGCCCAUCUACCUAAUGAGGAAGGGAGGUGCCUACACUCCAGAGCCACUUGGUAACUUUUGGUGGGCGAUUUUAUCAACUGGACUUAUGUUUUUCUACCAUUUUACCUUCUUGCAGAUCCUUGGCAUGAUGACAGAAGUGAACUUGAACAACAUGUUGUGCCCUGCAAUUUCAGAUCCUUUCUAUGGGCCAUGGUAUCGUAUAUGGGCAUCGGGACAUCAGACACUCAUGACUAUGAUCCAUGGGAAACUUAUUGUGGCCCUGUUCUCACAUGGUCUGCCAGGAUAUAAAUUUUUAGUAGAGCUGAUUCCCUAUUCUGGGAAGAAAGUGGAUUGAAUUAUCACUACUGGAAUAAUCUUUUUUGACCUCCUUACAGCCAAAAUAAGCAUAUUGAGGUUAAAGGGCUACCAGCACUUUCAUGAUUAAAACAGUGUUAAGGACUUCCAAUAACAGAAACAAGUGCCCUUACAGAAUGGAUCAGUGUCUAACACCUUUUUAGAUCUUAUUUGGUUUUUACUUUCAAAACAUUGGUGCCCUAUGAUCAUAAUGCUUUUGUUCUAGCAGCAGAAGACUACCUGAGGGCUCUGGUUGCUGGAUCCCUUUUGCACAUGGACAGGGAACUUGGCUGGUUUUUACUCCUUACACAUAGUCUGUUACAGGAAUUAAUUUAUAAAUUUUUAUAAGGAUUUUGGUAUUCAGCACAAAUAGACACUCGUCCACGCAGCCAUUUGCCUCAUUAAAAAAAAGCCCUCAUGAUGAAAUCAU